AGCGCGCGGGCCGGCGCGGGGCGGGGCGGGCGGGGACCGCAGGGGCGGGCUGCCGCCACCGGCGCCGCAUCGCACCGCGCGAUCGGCCUCAUGCCGGCGCCCCCCGCCCGCGGCUGAGCGCUGCGCCCCACCGAAAGGGGCACGGGCACGGGCACGGGCACGGGCACAGACACAGGCACAGGACAGCUGCUGCUCCCCACUAGCAGGACCCACCUCUGGCCAGCACGAUGGCGGGAGCAUCCGUGAAGGUGGCGGUGCGCGUCCGGCCCUUCAACUCCCGGGAGAUGAGCCGGGAAUCUAAAUGCAUUAUCCAGAUGUCAGGAAGCACCACCACUAUCCUGAACCCGAAGCAGCCCAAAGAGACACCAAAAAGCUUCAGCUUUGACUAUUCCUACUGGUCCCACACCACGCCCGCAGACAUCAACUAUGCAUCUCAGAAGCAAGUGUACCGGGACAUUGGUGAGGAGAUGUUGCAACAUGCCUUUGAAGGCUAUAACGUCUGCAUCUUCGCCUACGGGCAGACAGGUGCUGGAAAAUCCUACACCAUGAUGGGGAAGCAAGAAAAGGACCAGCAAGGCAUCAUUCCACAGCUGUGCGAGGACCUCUUCUCCCGCAUCAACGACACAACGAAUGACAACAUGUCCUACUCUGUGGAGGUGAGCUACAUGGAGAUAUACUGCGAGCGCGUGAGGGACCUCCUGAACCCCAAGAACAAGGGGAACCUGCGGGUGAGGGAGCAUCCCCUUAUGGGCCCGUAUGUUGAGGACCUUUCCAAGCUGGCUGUGACCUCCUACAAUGACAUCCAGGACCUCAUGGACUCUGGGAACAAGGCUCGCACAGUGGCUGCUACCAACAUGAAUGAGACCAGCAGCCGCUCCCAUGCUGUGUUCAACAUCAUCUUCACACAGAAGCGGCACGAUGCUGAGACAGACAUCACCACUGAGAAGGUCAGCAAAAUCAGCUUGGUGGACCUGGCAGGGAGUGAGCGAGCUGACUCCACUGGUGCGAAGGGCACAAGACUAAAGGAAGGAGCAAACAUCAACAAGUCCUUGACCACGCUGGGGAAAGUCAUCUCUGCCCUGGCUGAAAUGGAUUCGGGGCCGAACAAGAACAAAAAGAAGAAGAAGACGGAUUUCAUCCCCUACCGGGACUCGGUGCUGACCUGGCUGCUGCGGGAGAACCUGGGGGGCAACUCCAGAACGGCCAUGGUCGCUGCUCUCAGUCCUGCUGACAUCAACUAUGAUGAGACCCUCAGCACCCUCAGGUACGCCGACCGUGCCAAGCAGAUCCGCUGCAAUGCUGUCAUCAAUGAGGACCCCAACAACAAGCUCAUCCGGGAGCUGAAGGACGAGGUGGCACGCCUGCGUGACCUUCUCUAUGCCCAGGGCCUUGGGGACAUCAUUGACACCCAUCCUGCUGCAGGAGGAUCCAAAUAUGUGUCCGACUUUGUGAACAAUAAUGAUGCUAGAGGGGCAGAGCUGAGUCACCGCCAUGACAAUCUCUCCACAGUGACCAAUGCCAUCGCUGGGAUCAGCCCCUCUUCCUCCCUGUCAGCCUUGUCCAGCCGUGCCGCCUCCGUUGCCAGCCUCCACGAACGCAUCAUGUUUGCUCCGGGCAGUGAAGAGGCGAUCGAAAGGCUCAAGGAAACAGAGAAGAUCAUUGCAGAGCUGAACGAGACGUGGGAGGAGAAGCUGCGGAGGACAGAAGCAAUCCGGAUGGAGAGGGAAGCAUUGCUAGCUGAAAUGGGGGUGGCCAUGAGGGAGGAUGGAGGCACCUUGGGCGUUUUCUCUCCUAAAAAGACACCCCACUUGGUCAACCUGAAUGAGGACCCGCUCAUGUCUGAGUGUCUUCUCUACUACAUCAAGGAUGGGAUAACAAGGGUUGGCCGGGAAGAUGCAGAGAAGAGGCAGGACAUCGUUCUCAGCGGGCACUUCAUUAAGGAAGAGCACUGCCUUUUCCGCAGCGACACCAAAACCGGUGGUGAAGUAAUAGUGACCCUGGAGCCCUGUGAAGGUGCUGACACCUAUGUGAACGGUAAAAAGGUGACGGAGCCCAGCAUCCUGCGUUCAGGAAACCGCAUCAUCAUGGGGAAGAGCCAUGUAUUCCGCUUCAACCACCCUGAGCAGGCUCGGCAGGAGCGGGAGCGGACCCCAUGCGCUGAGACCCCCGCUGAGCCUGUGGACUGGGCUUUCGCCCAAAGAGAGCUGCUGGAGAAGCAGGGCAUUGACAUGAAGCAGGAGAUGGAGCAGCGGCUCCAGGAACUGGAGGACCAGUACCGGAAGGAGCGGGAGGAGGCAAAUUACCUUCUUGAGCAGCAGAGGCUGGACUAUGAGAGCAAAUUGGAGGCUUUGCAGAAGCAGAUGGACUCUAGGUAUUACCCUGAGGCAAACGAGGAAGAGGAAGAACCUGAGGAUGAAGUGCAGUGGACAGAACGGGAGUUCGAGCUGGCCCUCUGGGCCUUUAGGAAGUGGAAGUGGUACCAGUUCACCUCCCUCCGUGACCUGCUCUGGGGCAAUGCCAUCUUCCUCAAGGAGGCCAAUGCCAUCAGCGUGGAGCUGAAGAAGAAGGUCCAGUUCCAGUUUGUGCUUCUCACAGACACGCUGUACUCACCUCUCCCUCCUGACCUGCUGCCUCCCGAUGCUGCCAAGGACCGUGAGAAGCGACCAUUCCCCCGGACCAUUGUGGCUGUAGAGGUGCAGGACCAGAAGAAUGGGGCAACACAUUACUGGACCCUGGAGAAGCUGAGGCAACGCCUGGACCUGAUGCGUGAAAUGUAUGACCGUGCAGCAGAAGUGCCUUCUAGUGUCAUCGAGGACUGCGACAAUGUGGUGACUGGUGGAGAUCCUUUCUACGACCGCUUUCCCUGGUUCAGGCUGGUUGGCAGUUCAGAUAUCUCUGGCUGCAACAGCUCUCCUCUUUUCAACACAUGCAUGAGCGAGCGCAUGGCUGAUCUCACCCCCUCCCCUACCUUCUCGAACCCCGACUCCGACAUCACCGAGCCUGCUGACGAGCAGCACCAGGGGCAGGAGGAGGAGGAGGAGGAGGAGGAGGAGGCGGAGGACCUGGAGGAAGACAUCUUUCCGGAGUGCCCGCUGUGUGAUGGCCGGGAUCCGUUUUACGACCGCUCCCCCCUGUUCAGUUUAGUAGGAAGGGCCUUCGUCUACCUGAGCAACCUCCUCUACCCUGUGCCCCUGGUCCACCGUGUGGCCAUUGUCAGCGAGAAGGGCGAGGUGAAGGGCUUCCUGCGUGUGGCCGUCCAGGCCAUCUCAGCGGAUGAGGAAGCCCCCGACUACGGCUCUGGCGUGCGGCAGUCAGGGACAGCCAAGAUAUCCUUUGAUGACCAGCACUUUGAGAAGUUCCAGUCGGAGUCGUGCCCGGCCAUGGGGAUGUCUCGCUCGGGGACCUCCCAGGAGGAGCUGCGCAUUGUCGAAGGCCAGGGGCAGGUCAGCGACGUGGGUCCCUCCGCUGAUGAAGUCAACAACAACACUUGUGCAGUGACCCCAGAGGACCUUCUCCUGGACAGCCCAGAGAAGCCUGCACCAGAUGGGCCACUGGAGGCGGCUCUGGACCACCUGAAGCUGGGCAGCAUCUUCACUUUCCGCGUGACAGUCUUGCAAGCCUCCAGCAUCUCUGCGGAAUAUGCAGACAUCUUCUGCCAGUUCAACUUCAUCCAUCGCCACGAUGAGGCCUUUUCGACAGAGCCCUUGAAGAACACGGGACGGGGACCACCACUGGGCUUCUAUCAUGUCCAAAAUAUUGCCGUGGAGGUGACCAAGUCCUUCAUUGAAUACAUCAAGAGCCAGCCAAUUGUAUUUGAAGUGUUUGGGCACUACCAGCAGCACCCUUUCCCUCCCCUCUGCAAGGACGUCCUCAGCCCGCUGAGGCCAUCCCGGCGCCACUUCCCCCGUGUGAUGCCGCUCUCCAAACCAGUGCCUGCAACAAAGCUGAACACCAUGACUCGUCCCAGUGCUGGCCCAUGCCAGUGCAAGUACGACCUGAUGGUCUUCUUCGAGAUCUGUGAGCUGGAGGCCAAUGGCGACUAUAUCCCUGCUGUUGUGGACCACCGUGGAGGCAUGCCAUGCCAUGGGACCUUCCUCCUCCACCAGGGCAUCCAGAGGAGAAUCACUGUCACCUUGGUGCAUGAAACAGGCAGCCUCAUCCGCUGGAAGGAAGUGCGGGAGCUGGUUGUGGGUCGGAUCCGGAACACCCCAGAAGCAGAUGAGUCUCUCAUCGACCCCAACAUUCUGUCCCUGAACAUCCUCUCCUCCGGGUACAUCAAGCCUUCCCAGGAUGACCGGCAGUUUCUUGAUUCGGAUAUGCCUAGGACUUUCUACCAAUUUGAGACGGCGUGGGAUAGCUCCAUGCACAACUCGCUACUCCUCAACCGUGUCACCCCGUACCGGGAGAAAAUCUAUAUCACCCUUUCCGCCUACAUCGAGAUGGAGAACUGCACUCAGCCUGCUGUCAUCACCAAAGACUUCUGCAUGGUUUUCUACUCCCGGGAUGCCAAGCUUCCUGCCUCCCGCUCCAUCCGCAACCUUUUUGGCAGUGGCAGCCUGCGGGCUUCUGAGAGCAACCGUGUAACGGGAGUCUACGAGCUCAGCCUCUGCCGCAUGGCUGAUGCCGGCAGCCCAGGCAUGCAGAGACGGCGACGGCGCGUGCUGGACACCUCCGUAGCCUAUGUGCGGGGAGAGGAGAACCUGGCUGGCUGGCGACCCCGCAGCGACAGCCUCAUCCUGGACCAUCAGUGGGAGCUGGAGAAACUCAGCCUCCUGCAAGAAGUGGAGAAGACAAGACACUACCUACUCCUGCGUGAGAAGCUGGAGAUGACCCAGCGCCUGGGCCUGGAGACACUGUCCUCCUGCUCCAGUGAGGACUCUGAGUCCCGAAGCACCUCCUGCGUCUCCUCCCCGCUUUCUGUCGAUGGGGCCCCUGAGGGCCGCACCUCUCCUGCUGAGACCCCCAGUGAGAGGCAGAAGGAGCUGGCCGUGAAGUGCUUGCGCCUGCUCACGCACACCUUCAAUAGGGAGUACAGCCACAGCCACGUCUGCAUUAGCGCCAGCGAGAGCAAGCUGUCUGAAAUGUCCAUGACCCUGAUGAGAGACCCAUCCAUGCCAGCUCUUGGGGUUACCACUCUCACCCCCUCUUCGACCUGCCCAUCACUGGUGGAAGGACGCUACAACACCACAGAGGUCAGACCCCCCCAGGUCUCCUCCAGGGCGGAAAGCCCUGACCUGGAGCCUGCAGUAGAAGGAGAGCAGAAGAAGUCCCCAUCCAGCCGGCCUGAGGAAGAGAAGGAACCCCAGCGUUUGCUGGUGCCUGACAUCCAGGAGAUUAGGGUCAGCCCCAUCGUCUCCAAAAAGGGCUACUUGCAGUUCAUGGAGCCCCACACCAAUGGAUGGGUGAAGCGCUUCGUGGUGGUCCGGCGCCCAUAUGUCUACAUUUACAACUCAGACAAGGACUCAGUCGAGAGGGCCAUACUCAACCUCUCCAAGGCCCAGGUGGAGUACAGUGAGGACCAGCAGGCCAUGCUCAAGACCCCAAACACGUUUGCGGUGUGCACGGAGCACCGGGGCAUCCUGCUGCAGGCGAGCAGUGACAAGGACAUGCACGACUGGCUCUAUGCCUUCAACCCCCUCCUGGCUGGGUCCAUAAGAUCCAAGCUGUCCAGAAGGAGAACAGCCCAGAUGAGAAUCUAACCUGAAAAACACCCUCCACCUCAUCCGUCUGCCAACAGGAUCAAGAUAGCUGAUUCUAUCUCAAGACUCCCCGUGUUAACUUCUGAUCUCUCACACCAUCUGCUGCCCCAGCUGUCUGCUCCAUGGAAGGAUCUGUCUCGAUUCACACCUUCACAGGGGAAACUCACUUCUGUUCAUAGCUGCAAAAGCCUGGACCCGCCUGGGCAGGAUUUCUCAUGCACGUGCCAUCUUCUGCCCAUCCCCCCAUGGGUGACCUUAAUGUCACACCAUCUGUAACACUCCAGAAAGGUCCCUGUCAGAGGGGAGGGAGCGAGGAGGUUGGUUUUGUCUAAAAGCUGGUCUUUGAUCUACAGAGGUGGGAGUGCAGUAAAGCUCGGAGGUGGGAAAGCAGGAGGAAUUGCUUCCAUGCGAAGGGAAAGUGGUAGUUUAGGUAUGGGGAUUUCCUAGUUAAUUGAUGUUUCUGCAAGAGAUGGCAGGGUAAGAUCAGAUGUCAGUAGUGUAAGAUGAUAUUUAUAAAGUGUUUAUUUCUAUUUAUGUCACAAAAAUCCCAUAAGCUGGGUCCUGGCCCCCAGACAACGCCUCCCCAGGGCAAGGGAGAGCCUUGGUGGUGGGCCGGGGUUCUGGAGAUGCCUUCCCCGGGACAUCCUUGACAUGUGCCCAGCAACAGUGGAGCUCUUGCUCUCACUUCUCGCCCUUCCCCAACCCUCUGCUUUGCCCCACUUGCAGCUUAAAUUACUUCUCCCCUGAGCAGUGGCUGGACAGCCCACCAUGUCUUCCCAAAGGAGGCAAUUCCUACCUGCCCCAUCUACCUCUGGAAGGGGGGAGCCUGCUGUCUCGGCUGGCUGGGGCACCCGUGUCUACAUGGAUGGGUCACCUCGCUUCAGAGCUUGGUCCUGCUGGAGGGAAAAGGAGGGCUCUGGGGGCAGCUCUGCCUGUCACCUCGUGUGGGGCUGUCUUUCCUAACCGAAAGCAUGCAGGCCACCUCCGCUAUGCCAGCCUGGGAGCCCUGGGGUGCUUGUCCAAUGGGGUUCCCUCCUUCUUAGGGCAGCAUGCUGAGGGUCCCAUCCCUGCUGGGAUUGUGGAGGUUCAGGUGGCCCCUUCUAAAGCCAGAUGGGAAAGUUCUCUAGGAGCUGGGACUAGGAACAACUAUCCCAAUCCACAGUAUCCUUGUUACCCUUUCCCAAAAGGGCUGUCACAUCCCUUCUCCUCCCAGCAGGACGACAGGCUUGAAGCAGGUCAGGGGCAGGGGAGAGGCUGGUGUGGGGUGUGGGCAGGGAUUCUUUUUACUGUUGUAGCUGGCAUUUUCUCAUUCCUCUUCCCCCACUGCAGAAGUGAGCACCCACCUCCUUCCCACCCUGCCUCCAUUGGCACGUUAAUCUAGGGGGCUUCCCGUGGCAGAGGUGGCUUCACUGAAAAAACCUCCUCCAACCAUCACUGCUACCCACCUCCCCCAGCAGCAGCAGCUCUCGUUCUCCUCCCCUCUCACCCGUGGGGGGAUGCUUUCUUUUGGGGCUUCCUGAGAAGCCAGUGGCAUCUGGCACAGCUUCAGGCGGGAAGGCAAGCAUCUUCCUCUGCACAUCUACCGGGCACCCCCCCAGCUUCGCUGUCAUGCCUUCGCGACUGACCUUCCCUUGCACAGCACGGCUGCGCCUUGGCUCUGCCGCACCCCCCGCGCUGUCUGUGGUGGGUGCGCGUGUGCGCGCACGUGUGUGUGGGUGUGUGUGUGUCAGAUGUGGUGCUGUCUUCUUGUUAUGCUCGUGUUGUGGGGGACACAAAUGGGUAGGGACAUGGCAGGUGGGCAGAGGCUUGGAGGGACUCCCUCGAUGCACAUCAGCUGCUGUUCAGCUUGGGUUUCGGGAUACAGAAAGGGCUGCCCAGCCUCAACGCAGCUCCUUGGGUGUUUCACCCCAUCACUCUGGCCUGAAGCCCUGGUAGGGCUGUUCCUCCCAGCACCAUGCCCUGAGUAGGUGGCAGCUUGCCUGCCCAGAACAAGCUCCUCAUCAAACUGGUUUUUUUCCCCGCUGUGAUCCAUUUUCAAGACCUGGAGGCCAACUUGUGCCCUUCAUGGAGGGAGGGGUACGUGCCUGGAGGCAUGGAGGCAGAGCUGCAGGUGGGGCAACGCCGGGCCCAGGCUGUGACAUCCCAGCUCCCAUGCCCUGUGCAAGGACAAGUUAGUACCAUCCCAAAUUUCAACAUAAGGGGCGAGGGGUGGAAACACUGAGUACCCCAGGGAAGAGGGGAGGCUCCUCCAGGGCAGAGGCAGCUUCUGGUGGAGAUGGAACCCGCAUCUGCCAGGGACCAGACACGGGUUCACCAGCCAUGGCUGGGCAGUGCUGCCCAUGCUGCAGGUGAGGGGUGGCCGUAGGAUAGGCGUCUUCCAGCUGGAGCUGAAGCUGCCUGAGGCCAGCAAACCUGCAGACCAGACAGCUCGGCUGGAGGCCACCAUGCUCAGGGCCAAGGGAGACACAGCUGCCCACCAGAUGCCUGCAGCAUCCCUGUGGGACAUCCCCAGCUCGCAGGCUACUCUUGCCGUUUAACCGGCUCCACUCUCACCAGCAGCAUGUGCUCCCCUGGUCAGGCCCCUGUCCACCCAUCCCCUCUACCACCACAGCCCCCUGGGAUGAGGAGUGCAAACCCAAGGUUUAGGCAUGACUGUGAGCCCCAUCAGAAGAGAAAUUUCACACGGGCAUGGUGGCGUGGAGGGCAGGCGAGCACCAGCGGUUGGGCCAAGGGCCUACAGAAGGAGGCUGCCCUUCAUGCCUUCUGGUUCCUGCCAGCAAUGACAGCGCCCCUGGGCCCUCCCUGCCCUGUGCCUGGAGGUUGGCACCUUGGGUUCCUGCCAUCCAUGCGAACGUGAGGCUUGUUCAGUUCUGAAAUAAAUGUGGCAUUUAACGCAAUCA